AUGGAUGUACUAGGAUUCACUGUCCCGUUAUGGCUGGUGCUAAUCAUAGCCGUACUUGCUCUGUAUAUGUAUAUGAUGAGUCGUCACCAUGGUACCUUUAAGAAGAUGGGUAUCCCUGGUCCUGCACCUUGGCCUGUCAUUGGUAGUCUACGUGACCUAAGUAAGAAGGGAAUCCACGUCUUUCAGAAAGAUAACUUUGAAAAAUAUGGAAAGGUUUUCGGAUACUAUGGAGGGUUGAUACCACAGACCCUUGUCAUCGGAGACAAAGAAAUGCUCAGACAAAUCCUCGUGAAAGAAUUUAACAACUUCCCUGAUCGAAUAAUAUUCAAAGGAUUCAAUGGUGACAUGGAGACGUCUCUUAACAACCUAGGUGGGGAUCAUUGGAAACACGUACGUAAUAAGAUAACUCCCGCCUUUUCUACGGGGAAGCUACGCAAGAUGUCUCGGCUGGUGGAUCAGGCCAGCGACACACUUGUGGAAUCACUGAGGAAGAAGAUAAAAGAUGGAGAUGGAGUGAUGGAAGUGAUGGAGAUAUAUGGAGCCUAUGCUAUGGAUGUGAUAUGCUCCACAGCGUUUGGUAUUCAGGUGGAUUCACAAAACGAUCCUAACGACGAGUUCGUGGUUAACGCAAGGAAAUUUAUGGAUAUACGGCUCUCCUCUCCAAUCCUCUUGGUUUUGAUGUUUUUACCUAAAAUCGGUUUUCUCAUGCCUCGCCUUGGAUGGGCCUUUGUGAAAAAAGACGUCCAGGCAUUCUUCCGCAAUGUGACGACCAAACUCUUGAAUGAACGUGUUGCAGGAGACAAGGAACAUGCAGAUUUCCUUCAGUUAAUGAAAAAUGUACAGCAGGACCAUGAAGAUUCGGAUGAAGAAGAUAACGACAAUGACGAUGGAAAUGUUCAAACAAACAAACUUCCAACAACCUGGUCUAAAAAAGGUAUCACUUUUGACGAAAUUCUUGGAAACGCAGAAAUCUUUUUCUUUGCUGGCUACGAGAUUUCAACUAUAGCAUUAGCAAUGGCGUCCUAUUAUCUUGCCAUUCAUCCAGAGUACCAGGACAAACUCCGACAGGAAUUGUCCGAACAGAUCGGUUCGAAUCCGAUAACAUAUGAAAAUCUUCGUCGGGUAAAAUACCUAGAAAUGGUCAUCAACGAGACACUCCGGAUCAACCCUCCCGGACCUCAGACAGACAGGGUGUGUGUAAAAGAAACUGUUAUCAACAAUAUCCGGAUUCCAGCCGGCAUGAACAUCGGUAUCCCAAUAUACUGCAUUCACCAUGAUCCGGAAAACUGGAAAGAUCCGGAAAAAUUUAUCCCGGAAAGAUUUGCCGAUAAUUAUGACCCGUUGACCUUCCUCCCGUUCGGAUAUGGACCAAGGAACUGUGUUGGAAUGAGACUUGCACAGAUGGAAUUGAAAAUGUCACUAGCGAAAGUUGUCCGCAACUUUGAGAUUUCUAUUUGUUCUGAGACACAGGUUCCUCCUGUGAUUGCAUCGGUUGCGUUGUUGAAACCGAAAUCUAUGAACCUCAAACUGGAGGAGAUCCGAUCGUAGUUGACCUCUGUGACGCAAUAUAGAAUAUAUUCACGUUUAUAAUGUCACGUGAA